AUGGCCGAAACGCUGUUCAAAGGCGUGGCUCUUGUCACCGGGGCUGGGUCAGGCAUCGGCCGGCAGGUGGCUAUAUCAUUCGCCCAGGAGGGCUGUGGACGCAUCGCUAUUCUCGACCGGGAUGAGGACGGACUGUCCGAAACCUCUCGGCUCUGUAAAGAGCAGAAUCGGUCUGUACGGACUUUCAUCAUUCCAUUUGACGUUCGUAAUGAGAAGGAUGUUGAAGGCGCCGUUGACUGCGUCAUUGAAGAAUGGGGGAGGAUCGACUACGCUGUAAACUGCGCUGCGGCAUACAAUGCGUCAAAAGCUGCGGUUCUCAGUUUGACCAAAAGCGAUGCUAUCGACUAUUCAAAGCACAACAUCAGAGUCAACGCUGUCUGCCCUGGUUUGAUAGAUACGCCAAUGACGGCAAAUGUGCCCAACGAUGACAAGUACGUGCUGGUCGCGCCCCUAAAACGUAAAGGGACGCCGCAGGAGGUAGCAGAUGCUGCUCUCUUUCUUUCUAGCUCGAAAGCCACCUUCAUUCAAGGGGCUGGUUUGUCUGUUGACGGGGGAUAUGUGAUCAACUAA